AUAACAGCUACGAAAAGCGAGCUAAACUGUCAGAUUCGCUCGGCAUUUACACCCGCUGUUUGAACGGUACCGAGCAUAAGUUUGCUUAUUCAGUGCAAAGUUCACGUACACAGCCCAUCUCAUAAUGUCAGCGUUGACUUCUGCCCAGUUGGAUGGCGUAAUGCAGACUACCCUCAACCAGAUGGGUUGGAGCGUGGAGAUCGUCGACCCCUACACCGGGAUCUUUCUCAAAAGGAUGCACGGCGCCCGCCAACCAGUCGCCGAUCUGGGCUGCGGCUUCGGCAUCGUCACCGAACACCUGCUGGCCGACGGCGCCACCGUCAUCGCCAAUGACAUCGCCCCGGCCCACCUCGAGGAAGUGAAACGCCGCAUUCCCGAUGAGCAACGCGCCAACCUCACCUUGGUGGCAAGGGACGCCACCCAACUGGACUUCCCCGCCGACAGUCUCGUCGGGAUCAUGGCCGGACGCUGGGUGCACUUCCUGACCUCGCCCGCCUUCCGCGAGUUCUUCCAGAAAGCGUACACGUGGCUGGCUUCCGGGGGAACACUUUGCGUCACGGUGCAUGCGAUGAAAGCUUGGUGUGCCCCGGAUGUGUGUCGGGAGUAUGAGAAGAACCGGGAGAGUGGGAUGGAGUGGCCGGGAUGGAGCGCGAACUGGCUGGAAGAUGCCGGGUUUCUGGUGGAGAAAGCCGGGUUGUACGAUCUCAUGAUUCCCAGUUAUCCCGCCAGUUAUCGCAGCUACUUGGCAUCUCAAAAUACCAUAGGAGUGGUGGCGAUUAAGCCGUUUCGAUGA